GCAAUGAAGGUCCUGCUGGGCAGCCUUCUCCUGGCUGGUGUCUGCUGGCUUGGAGAUGCAGUGGACAUCCCCGUCAUGCCGAACUUCGAUAUCCAAAGGGUCAGAGCUGAAAAUGCUGGAAGAAAUUUCUUCUCCUCCCAACCCUAAGUUGCUGGGAAUUGGUACCCUCUGGCAUACAUAGUUAUUGAAAAUCAGUUCCCCCAAUACACAUUACAGGCCGAACCAAAAGGAGGUCUGAUGUACACCUUUAAGUCUCUCGAAAACGGCCAGUGCAAGACUAGACAGCUCCGGUUCGCUAAAUAUCAGAAGCCCGGGAAAUUCAAGACCUCAAGCCCCACCUUCGGUCAAAUCAUAGAUACGGAUUAUAAAACCUACAUCAUCAGUUACCUCACACGGGGGAUGGACACCUUCCUGAAGCUUGCAGGCAGACAGCAAAACAUCACGCCAGAUUUGGAGACGAAAUUCAAGAACGUUUCUGCCUCUAUGGGGAUCACAGGAGAAGUUGUGCCCAUUGUCCCAAAAGCAGCCUGCUAAGAGCUCAAGGUGGAGAAGUGCAGAUUCAGGGCAUUGCAAACCCCCACCCCAGUUGGGAAAGGAAGAAGACCCCGUCUCUGCUAAAAGGGCCCCAGAGGGCCGAUGCCAAGCCUUGCUUGUCAAACAAAGCAUAAA